AUGGCCACAGGGGGCGCUGUGACAGAGAACCUGACAGAGAACCUGGCAGAGAACCUGAAAGAGGACCUGACAGAGAACCUGACAGAGAACCUGACAGUGAACCUGACAGAGAACCUGACAGAGAACCUGAAAGAGGACCUGACAGAGAACCUGACAGAGAACCUGACAGUGAACCUAACAGAGAACCUGGCAGAGAACCUGAAAGAGGACCUGACAGAGAACCUGACAGAGAACCUGGCAGAGAACCUGAAAGAGGAACUGACAGAGAACCUGACAGAGCUCAAAUCCAUCAAAGCCAGAUCACCCAGAGAUGCAGCCAACGCAACACACUCAAGAAUUCACUACGACCAAAGAGUGCGCACGGCCAAAGAGUGCGCACGACCAAAGAGUGCGCACGACCAAAGAGCGUGCACGGCCAAAGAGUGCGCACGACCAAAGAGCGUGCACGGCCAAAGAGUGCGCACGGCCAAAGAGUGCGCACGGCCAAUGAGUGCGCACGGCCAAAGAGUGCGCACGGCCAAAGAGCGCGCACGGCCAAAGAGCGCGCACGGCCAAAGAGUGCGCACGACCAAAGAGCGUGCACGGCCAAAGAGACCUGAGAACUGA